AUGGCUGCCGUGGCUGCAUCAGAUCCCCCGAACUCGAGCCUAGAGGCAACUCUCCGCGAGUCCAUAGCUAGAUUGGCCGAGGCUGAGAAAAUGGGUCUGCAAGAGAACAAGAACUCAUCCAUCAUUGAGGCCGUAGACCAAGAUUACAUACAGGGCAUCUCCAAGCCUCCGUAUGCAAAUACCGCCCUCGCAGACCCAUUUGACGAGAAAAUUGCCAGGAAAUGGGUAGAUGAAGUGAUUAUGAAGUUCCCCCGAGGCCCGCCAGCAGAUUGCCACAGACGACCCCUUGCAAAAAUUGCCAUCAAGAACGUGUCCAUUACCUAUGGAUCUGAUGAUGCCACUUUCAGAGUGAGGGUGUAUGUUCCCGCCGCAGGAGACAUGCAGUCUGUGCCUAGUAGGCCCGCGCUUAUCAUGUAUCAUGGUGGAGGCUGGAUUCAUGGCUAUCCCGAAGUAGACGAAGGCAAAGCCAUUGUCAUAAACGUGGACUACCGCCUCGCCCCGGAACACAAAUUCCCACUCCCCCUCAACGACUGCUAUCAGGCCGUCCAAUGGACCCUCGACCACGCACAAGAGUAUGGCAUCGACACGGCGCGGAUCGCGGUAUGGGGCUGCUCCGCAGGAGGCAACCUCGCCGCCGCAGUGGCACUUCGCGAUGCGGAAGAGCACGAGGAAUCACGUAUCCGCCACGUCAACCUAGUCGUGCCGGCAACCUGUCAUCCGCAGCUGUACCCGAUGACACUCAAGGCCGAUGAGUCGAGCAGCAACAAGUUCGGUGCAGGGCUGGGAACCGCCGCCGCGGCCAUCCUGAUAGGGAAAUACGCGGGAGACAAGAGUCUCAACCCCCAUGUGUCGGUGUUGAGUGCCGAUAUACCCGCCAACCACCCCCCUGUGCAUAUCACUGUCGCGGGAAGGGACUUUCUUCGAGACGAGGGCAUUGCAUAUUCUCUCCGGAUUAGGGACGCUGGGAUCGACUCGCAGCUGGACGUGGUUCCCGGCGUGCCGCAUGGAUUGUUGUUUCCGCCGACAACGCAUGUUGCUCGGCAGUUUUUCAGAAACCAGGCAAGAAUUCUAGACUAUGCUUUGAACUCGCUGUAG